UUAUUUGCUGAAGAUGGAACUCAAAACCCUAAGCCGCUUGGCAACAGCAACCUAGAAUUGUGGGGUUUCGGCGGCAGGACUCUCACUGAAGAAAAUCCCUAACAACUCAAAGAUUUCAGCUUUCUUUCACUGCGAAAAUGGCUGUUGGCAAGAAAACUAAGAAGACCCAUGAGAGCGUCAACAACAGGCUUGCUCUGGUGAUGAAGAGUGGAAGGUUCACUCUCGGCUACAAAACCGUGCUUCGCUCUCUCAGAAGUUCUAAAGGAAAACUCAUUAUAAUUUCAAACAAUUGCCCACCGCUUAGAAAAUCCGAGAUUGAGUAUUAUGCCAUGCUUGCAAAGGUUGGCGUCCACCAUUACAAUGGAAACAAUAUUGACUUGGGAACUGCUUGUGGCAAGUAUUUCCGUGUUUCUUGCUUGAGUAUUAUUGACCCAGGUGAUUCUGAUAUCAUGAAGAGCCUCCCUGGUGAUCACUAAUCAGAUUGCAUAUCUAGUUUUAUCUUGCAGCAGUACUCUCUUUCAGCAUCCUCUUUUCCUUUUAGAACGUGUCCAAUACCUUAAAUGUGUAUUGUUUUUUCCCAUAAAAGUUUAUGUGCUUGUUUAUCAAAUUUUGCGUAGUUUAUGGAGAACGCAGGCUUUAAAUUUACAGUUUUAUUCCUGGCAAA